GUUAUACUGGGGAGAGGGAGAGAAGGGGUGAGUGACAGGAACAUCGCAUCACUGAGGACCUGGGUCUCUAUUUAAAGGCAGAGAUCUUGUGCAGACUCCUCAAGGCAGCACACAGCUCUACAGAAGAGGAUCAGUGUGAUUCCAACACACAGUUGCUGUUCCCAAAUUGUGACGCCAAAAGACCAUCCUCCUUUGUAAGAUGAGGAAUUCUGCCCUAGGCCUGGCAAUACUUUUCUUCAUGGCAGUGCGGACAUGUCGAGGAAGCUGUGCAGAACCACAGGACACUCAGGACACAGGUGCACAGUUCAAGAAAUCUUCAGAUGUCUACAAACUCCCAGCAUCACUUCUGAAAAGGUUCUAUGAAGAUGAUUCAUAUGAUGGUUUUGUGGGACUUAUGGGCAGAAGAAACUCAGAUUCCAAGGAGUUCUCGUCUUUUCCUUUAAAACGAGACAUGCAUGACUUUUUCGUGGGUUUAAUGGGAAAGAGGAAUCUACAGGCAGGGAACCCAAAUAAUGAAGAGAAUGAAGCUGAGUCUGAUUCCAGGUACUCAACAAAAUGCAGAAUGAAGUUCAGGCGUUCAGUUUAGGAUGUACAGAAGACAUGAUCCUAUUAACAUAAACAUGAUUAGUCCAAUGCCAAACACACUUUUGUAUCACUGAAGACAAGACCCACCACCUAUGUUGCGAAUGCAAUAUAGCUUUACCCUCCUCCAUGUGGCUAUGUCCCAUCAUGCUUAUUCAAUCUAAUGUCACGUGCCAAUGAAAAGGACAGGAGACACAUAUGGACAUAUCUGUAGUAGAUGUCUUUCUUAGCUAUAUUAUUUACAUGCACAAAUAUCUGUGUUUGUCAUAUCAUGUAAGUACCGUAGUAUGACACUUGCCACAUCUUUUCUGAUCUCUGUGAAUAGCAUUUGAAUAUUGGCAACUUCUUUUUAGUGAACAAUGAGGCAAUGAUAAUGCUGUAGUUGUGUACGUAAUUUCCUAGUUUGUCAGUCAUGGUGCUGACUAUAACAGAAGGUUUAACCAUUUAUGAAGCCGGCGCCUUGCAAAGGACGAUGCGAAAAGUAAACAAGUGCGAGUGUUUGGAAUCUGGAGGAAGCAACGUUGUGCUCUACAUUUACCCUUAUUCACCACCACCCAUAAUUCUGUCCAUCACAACAUCAGUCAUGCUUAACUGAUACAAUGUAGCUACACCAGGAAAUAAUCACAUUCAAAAAUAAUAAUAUUUUUACAUAUGA